CGCCAAGAGCAAAGUCCUGCGCGCCGCGGCCUGUAUCUAUAUAUGCACACUUUAGGUGCGCCGCCUGCUGCAGUGACGCGACAUCUACCGGCCGUGACUGAUACCGACGUUGAGAUCUUUUUUUUCUUCUUUAUCCGUUUUUUUGCCUUGCUCUCUCGCGACUCGCCCCUGUCGGACAAGUAGUUCGUGUGGAGGCAGCCUUAGAGGUUAGGGUCGACAGAUAUGGCUCGUCUUCGGGCGGGCUGAUGUGGCUGUGUGUGUGUGUGUGUGUGCGUGGGUUUAUUGUUGUGUACCGUGAAAAGAUGAAAAUUGUUUGUGAAAAUAAGAAGUUUGAUCCACAGACUGUUUUGGUUGUUUUUGAGUCUUUGAGCUUUUAAAGCUGAGGGUAUACAGGGAGCCGAACUUUGUAGCUGGCGAUUACUGGACAACCAAUAGUUUGUCCUGUAUGAUGAGCAAAUUUUUUACUCACUUUAAUUUUACUAUCAAGCGACUCAUAAAGUACAACAUUUACAAGUGCAAAGAGUUAUGUAAAUCAAAAAUGGCUAGUUCAGCAGUACAGAAGGCAGAUCGAAUCAUUUGGAUCGACUUGGAAAUGACUGGUUUGAAUGUGAUGCAAGACAAAAUCUUGGAAGUGGCCAGUAUAAUCACAGAUGACCAGUUAAACAUUGUUAGUGAUGAAUUCCAAAUGGUUAUUCACCAGUCGGAGGAUGUAUUUGAAACCAUGAUACCUUGGUGUCAAGAGCAACAUAACAAAACAGGACUAAUAGAAGCAUCGCGCAACUCCAUUUUCAAUGAAGAAAUGGCAGAAGAAGAACUCAUAAGAUUUUUCAGAAAAUACGUUCCUCACAAUACCUGUCCCUUGGCAGGUAGCUGUUUGUACAUGGACCGGGCAUUUCUGCAACAGCAUAUGCCCCGCGUAUUUGAAUAUUUGGGUGAUGAGGUUAUUGAUGUUUCAUCAAUCAACGAAUUGGCAAAGCGGUGGAACAAGAAAAUUGAAAGAAAGAAGCAGAGAAAAACAGGAGAUCACAGAGCACUUGGUGACAUAAAGGACAGCAUCGAAGAAUUGAGCUACUACAGAAAAAAUAUAUUUCUAUAGUUCUGGGAAGUCUAUUUUUUACAACUGAGGAGAUAAAUAAAAUUAAAACACUUUAUUUUGUUAAAAAGUGAUUGUUUAAAGCUUAACAAGUAACCAAUUUAAACAUAUAUAUAGGAUCUAGCAUGUUACUGUUAUAAUUCUAUUGAAUAUACACAUACUAUUUUGAAUGUAAAAAUCUAUGUAUAAAGUCGAGCAUGUGCGGGAGUAAAUUUAUACAUAUUUUUCUUUAUUAUACAUUGUUAUCAAAAAUUUGUAUUCAUUAAAAAACGUUUGCGUUCCAACAACCCAAACUUUACAGCAUAAAA